UUUUUUUUUACUUCUUCAUUCCUUCUUCAUUCUCUGAAUCUCUUUCAUUCUACUUUUUACUUUUACUUUUACUUUUACUUUUACUCCCACUUUUACUCCUGUGUUUCUACUCCUACUUCCACUCCCCAUCCCUUUCCUUAAUUGACACUCCUCUUUCCUUUCUUUCCUUUCUUUCCUUUCAUUCUUUACUCUAUCCCAUUUCAACAUACAUGGAAGUCCAGGCGGUCUCCACAGUCAUUGUGACCCCUUCCUCCUCUCCUUCCUCCAACCAUACCAAAUCUCACUCCCUUCACAAAGGCCUCUCCUCUUUAGCCGUUGCUCUCGAGAACGAUCCACUCCCCUCUUGGACAUUCUUCCCACCUUCUGCCACAUACAUUCCACACCCUCCUUCCUCUCCCACAGCCAUCAACUCCCCUCCUUCCCCUCGUCGUUCCUCCCCACCACCCUUUACCUCGAGCAUCAACACCUUCCGGAACCUAAGCAUCCAUAAUAAUAACAACAACCUACCCUCUUCCACACCCUCAACUCAUCAUCGUAUUCUCGACCAUUGCUUCCAUCUCUCGAUCGAAACUCGCUUGAAGCAGGCUGAAGCUCAAUACCUCGCCUCAACACAGGAACAAGCGGUUGAACAACGAAUCAAGGACCAAGAGCAGAAUCAUCAGUCACCCGCACCUUCCCCUCAUCAAGGCGAAUGGCUCCGUCGUCAACGCACCCUUGUAGAUGAGGCCGUCGUCCUUGGUCGAAAGGGAUCGAAUGUUGAGGCAAUUGUCGAUGGCAUCCUCAAGUCACAUCGCUCUAGUGGCCCAUUGCAGAACCUGCCACGGCACUUGAAGCAUCGUCUGCACCUCUGUCAGCUCACUUCGAUGGUGUUUGGUCGCUUUGAUGUCGCCUCAUCCACCAACAGCUCUGCAGGCCUCAACAUCUACUCUGCCUUCCAUUCACGUCGCCACAAGGCCUCUCGUGCUGCUGUCCAACGCCAUCUUACCGAUCAUCCUCAGGGACAAAAGAGACGUGCAUUCUUCUCAAACUCUAUCCACUCAUCAUUGUUCUGUCGUCGUCACCAUCGUAAGGAUUGUCAACGCACAUGCUGUACGCUCGCAAAGUUGCAACAACAGCAACAACUUGCUCUGGAACAGAAAAAGAUGAACAGCAGAUAUCAUGCUCACAACAUGCGUCAACUUGAGAAGCAACGGGUCGCUGGAUUGACUGAUGCCAUCCCAGCAUUCUUGAAGUGCUCUGCUAUGAGCUACAGCGAUAUUGCUAGGAGCAUGGUCGAAAAGGGUGAGCUCAAGGACCUAAGCCAAUCCCGCGUACUUGAGGGCUGGUACAGACUGUUGCUCGAGAUGAUGACCCAGGCAGUGAUCGAGUCUUAUCUUUGUGACGGAAUCUCCGGAGUAGAGACGGUCUUGGAUGUAUUCUCAUAUGGCGAUGACUUUGAAAUCCAGGAAGGAUCACACGACAGUAUCCUUGAGAACACACAGUCAAUGGAUUCUCGGAAUCAACAGCAGCAGGAACACACUCUUGAUGAUGCGUAUGCACUCGACUGUGAGGAAGCUAUCCUCUUUGCAAAGACACCAGAGUACGAGGCCUUCAAGAAGGCUAAAGAUGAGCGUUUGCAAGAGUUUUUGGCUUGGUCUGAUACUACUAUGGAGACCCAUCUUGUCCAACUUGCAGCCAAGUAUCCACUUAUUGUCUUUGAGCGACAGAUGACCCAUUACAUUACCCGUUCCCAAAAACUCUUGGCUGAUCCAAAGCUCUCAAGGAGUGCAGAAGAAAUCGACUUCUUGAUCUCCCCUGCUACUUCGUUCUAUGCUGAUGGAUCGCUUUCUAUGCCUGUAUGCGAUGAUGAGGAUGAUGAGGAAAUGACUGGAAUUUCUCGUCUUGAGGAAACUAAAGAAGAAGAACCUCAACAACAACAACAACAACAACAACAACAACAACAACAAUUAUCCCCAUCACAACGGUUCAUUGAUCGUCAUGAAAAGAUGAAGUUGGCUACAAUUACAACAUCCAUAGAUGAUGUUUUGCCCAACAAGACUACGGGUAAGGGCAAGAACGGCUCUACUAAAAACAAGAACAAGAACGCCACCGCAAACACAAAGUCCAAGAAGUCUGAUUAUGAACCUCAUUUGCCUUCGCCUCCACCAUCAGUGAGUGUCAGCCGCGCCAGCACUGUCUCACCCUCGAGCCGUAGUAGGUUUAUGUUGGAGGAGGAAGAGUCGAUUGCGGAAGCAGCUCGGAUCUUGACAGCUAGCAGCAGCAAGAAACAUGGAUAUGCAGAGUCUCAAGAUGAUUCCUUGGUGGCCAAGAGAAUCAAGAUGGAGACUUCCUAGUCCAGUUUUUCAUUCUUUUAUUUUAUUUUAUUUUAUUUUACUUUUUUCUUUCCUAUUGUUUGGCGUGUGCGCUGUAGUCACGCUUUGUAUUUAUAGCUGUGUAC